CCUAAUUGCGAAUUCCUCCAAAAUCCCCAAAUCGCCACUACAGCACCGCCGCCCGUCACCGCUCCUCUGCCGGUGAGCACGCCGCCGCCUGCAACCCCUCCGCCGGCCGAACCUGCUCCAGCUUCUCCGCCGCCGACUGCAACCCGCAACCCCGCCGCCGGCCGAACCUCGUCCAGCUUCUCCGCCUCCGCCUGUGGUUUCCCCGCUCCCACCGGUUGCACCUACGCCGGCUCCGGUUGCUUCCUCCGUCGUAGAAAUCUGAUCUGUAGGUAUUUUCAUAAGACUUGAACCCACUGAAAAGCAGGACGCCAUUUCUUCCCGUUGAUUUCUCGCUCCCUGCUGCCUGCUUCGAUCUUGUUAUCCUUAUUCAGAUCAACUUAUAGUUGUGCAGCCGUCAGACUUUGUUGCCAUAUUCACUUGAUUUUGCUGAAAGAUAGGGAGUUAUGGCCUGGUUGCAACACUCAUUCACAAUUAUCUUUUGUGGCUCGUCUAAUGUGUUUGAAGGCAGAGGGGAACAUGUCCGAGAGAUGUUUUGACCAAUGGCUUGAAUUGAUAAAAGAAAUCCUUCCCGAACACAAUUUAGCUCCCAAUAACUUCUAUAGCACAAAGAAGUUAUUAAGUGGAAUGGGGUUGCCAGUUGAGAAGAUUGACUGUUGCCGUAAUAAUUGCAUGCUUUUCUGGGGAGAGGAUAGCGAGGAUAUUGAGUGUAAGCAUUGCAACGAGCCACGUUACCAACAAAGUGAUACAUCUUCUGCGAGUAGUUCAAGGACUCUAGUAGUAGUAAAGAAAAUGUUCUAUUUUCCUUUAACUCCUCGACUGCAGAGAUUGUAUGCAUCCAAAGCUACAGCUGCAGAUAUGCGUUGGCACGCAUCUUCAGUGGAUGAUGGAAUAAUGCGUCAUCCUGCAGACUCGCCUGCUUGGAAGCAUUUGAGUCAAAAGUUUCCUUCUUUUGCCGAAGAGAGUCGAAAUGUCAGAUUAGGAUUAUCGACUGAUGGUUUCCAACCUUUUGGUCAAUCAGGGCAACAAUAUUCUUCAUGGCCCGUGAUUGUUACACCAUACAACUUGCCACCAUGGAUGUGUAUGAAGGAACAAUAUAUGUUCCUCACAGUGUUAGUUCCCGGGCCGCGCAAUCCUAAGGAAAAAUUAGAUGUUUUUUUGCAGCCUCUUAUAUCUGAGUUGAUACAGUUGUGGAAUGUGGGCGCGCCUACAUACGACGUGUCAAUGAAGCAGAACUUUCAGAUGCGAGCAGCUUUGUUAUGGACAGUUAGUGAUUUUCCGGCCUACUCCAUGUUGUCAGGAUGGAGUACUGCUGGCAGACUUGCUUGUCCACAUUGUAUGACAGAAACUGACUCCUUCACCUUGUCUCAUAGUGCUAAACAAUCAUGGUUCCACAAUCAUCGAAAGUUUUUGCCUAUGAACCAUUCCUUUCGAAGAGAUCGAAAAAACUUUUUGAAAAAUAAAAUUAUUACUGCAGUAGCACCUCAAGUGAGAUCGGGGGAAGAAAUAUUGUUUGAUAUAGAUAUGAUGGGAUUCGUCAAAGUAACAGAGGUGAACAGUGAAACAAUCAAUAAAGCAGCUGCUCGUGGUGUUGGCACAGGAUGGAAGAAGCGCAGUAUAUUUUGGGAUUUGCCUUAUUGGAAAUUCCUAUUGAUUCGUCAUAACCUUGAUGUCAUGCACGUGGAGAAGAAUGUCUUUGAUAAUGUGUUCAAUACAGUUUUGAACGUACCAGGAAGGACAAAGGAUACAAGCAAAUCUAGAGAAGAACUAAACACAUAUUGCUCAAGACCAGCACUUGAAAAGAAUGUUGAGACAAACAAGUAUCCAAAAGCUUGUUACAUGCUUGACACUAAAGAGAAGAAAGUAUUGUUUGAAUGGGUCAAAACUUUACGAUUCCCUGAUGGUUAUGUGUCAAAUAUGGGAAGAUGUGUCGACAUGAGCAAACUUAAGAUGUUUGGGAUGAAGAGCCACGAUUGCCAUGUGUUUAUGCAACGUAUUUUGCCAAUUGGCUUUCGUGAAUUGCUUCCGUCACAUGUGUGGAAGGCAAUCACUGAACUAAGUUUGUUCUUCAAGGAUUUGAGUUCUAGGAACUUGAGAUGUGAAGACGUGUGCCGCCUUAGUGACAACAUUGCUAUCACUUUAUGCAAGCUUGAGCGUAUCUUUCCACCCAGCUUCUUUGAUUCUAUGGAGUAUCUUCCAGUUCAUUUAGCUUUUGAAGCUCAACUUGCAGGGCCAGUUCAAUAUCGAUGGAUGUAUCCAUUUGAAAGAUAUUUGCGCAAGUUGAAAAACAAUGUAAGAAACAAAGCUAGAGUGGAGGGAUCAAUUUGCAAUGCUUACAUAGUGGAAGAAGCUUCUACUUUUUGCUCAUAUUACUUUGAGGAGCAUGUGAGGACGAGGUAUAGGAAUGUGCCUCGUAAUUUGAAUACAAGAGAUGAUGUGAGAUUUGAUGGACAUCCAGAUCGAAUUUCAGUUUUCAAGCAACCUGGGCAAUACUUUGGAAAAAUGACGACGAGAUACUUAGAUGAAAAAGAGUAUCACGCUGCUCAUACUUAUGUUCUACUAAAUUGCAAAGAAGUGACACAAACAUAUCUCAAGUUCUUCGUGGCUGAAUUGCGUGCAUUACACGUCUCAGAAGCUGAUAUUAACCGUCAGAUGGAAAUCCAAUUUUCAGAUUGGUUCCGAUCAUAUGUGUCAAAUCCUGCAAAUCACGUGGUUAAUGAGUUUCUAAUUGCUCUCGCAAAUGGCCCCCUAGUCACGGUGAAGACUUACCCGGGAUUUUAUGUAAAUGGAUAUAAAUUUCACACGAUGAUGCAUGGGACUAAUCGGGCUAGUAUGAACAGUGGUGUGUGCAUAAAAGGUGAAUGUUAUGGUUCAGAUGAGAAUGGUGAACUCGACUAUUAUGGGCGUUUGCUGGAGGUAUGCGAGCUUGAGUAUAUGGGUCUACCACUGAAGACGACCACACUCUUUAAGUGUGAAUGGUUUGAUCCAUCACCACGUGGGACAUCAGUGCAUCCUCAAUUCAAAUUGGUUUCAAUAAAUCAUACACGUAGAUAUGGUGGUUAUGAACCAUUUGUGCUAGCUGACCAAGCUAUUCAAGUAUAUUAUUGUACAUACCCAAGUUUGAGAAGUGAUAGGAAGGAUUGGUGGGAAGUUUGUAAGAUUAAAGCUAGGUCGAAAGUUGAAGUUCCAAAUGCAGUGGAAGAGACUGUAGUGAACCAACCUUUUCAAGAAGAUGACUUAAUGACUCCAACAAACCCUGACAUAGAUGAUGACACCACAAUAGUGCAUCCUCGUGGUGGUUUGAUAGAUAUUGAUGAUGCCGAUGAGGAAGACGAAGAAGACACAUAUUUGACUGAUGAUGAAGAAUACAUUAUAUGUUACUUAUGCAAUUGCAAAUUUGUUUGUUAA